CGGAUUGAGAGUUUUUCUCCUGGAGAGGUGAGCGUGCGGGUGGCAGCGCGAGCUCGGUACUUGGACAUUCAACAUGACGGACGCGAGGGAUCCGGCUCGUGACCAGCUUCGUAACUGGCUCUGCACGAAGACCGACAAGAAUGUGGAUACCUUGACUACUGCAGGUGGCCAACCUAUUGGUGACAAGCUAAAUGUCAUUACGGCUGGACCUCGAGGGCCAAUGCUUAUGCAGGACACUAUAUAUCUUGAUGAGAUGGCACACUUUGACCGGGAAAGGAUUCCUGAGCGUGUUGUACAUGCAAAGGGCGCAGGUGCCUUUGGCUUCUUUGAGGUGACCCAUGAUAUUUCAAGGUACUGCAAAGCCAAAUUAUUUCACCCAGUUGGGAAGAGAACAUCUGCAUCUGUCCGCUUCUCAACAGUUGGUGGUGAAUCAGGUUCUGCAGACACCGUCCGUGACCCUCGAGGAUUUGCUUGUAAGUUUUACACUGAGGAUGGAAAUUGGGAUCUAACUGGUAACAACACCCCCAUCUUCUUCAUCCGGGACCCUCUCUUGUUUCCUUCAUUUAUCCACACCCAGAAGAGGAACCCCCAAACCCACCUCAAGGAUGCGGACAUGACCUGGGAUUUUUUUUCACUUCGUCCAGAGACACUUCACCAGGUUAGCUUCCUGUAUAGCGAUCGUGGAAUUCCUGAUGGAUAUCGUCAUAUGAAUGGGUAUGGGUCGCAUACUUUCAAGCUGGUAAAUGAUAAAAAGGAGGCCGUGUAUUGCAAAUUCCAUUUAAAGACAAAUCAAGGCAUCAAAAAUCUUACUGUUGAGGAGGCUCGCCAGCUGACGACUGAUGACCCUGACUAUUCCAUUCGUGAUCUCUACAAUUCUAUUGCAACUGGAAAUUAUCCGUCCUGGAGUUUCUACAUUCAAGUAAUGACUUUUCAGGAAGCACAAGUAUAUCGAUGGAACCCCUUUGAUCUCACUAAGGUUUGGCCUCACAAGGAAUUUCCACUAAUCCCUGUGGGGCAGUUGGUCCUCAACAAGAACCCAGUCAAUUAUUUUACAGAUGUGGAACAGAUUGCUUUUGAUCCCAACAACAUGCCACCAGGCAUUGAACCUAGUCCUGAUAAGAUGCUGCAGGGUCGCUUGUUUGCAUAUUCUGAUACUCAUCGUCAUCGCCUGGGUGCUAAUUACCUUCAGCUUCCUGUGAAUUGCCCAUUUAAGUGCCGUGUGAGUAACUACCAGAGAGAUGGACCCAUGUGCUCAACUGAUAACCAGGGUGGUGCACCAAACUAUUAUCCGAAUAGUUUUAGUGGCCCUGAAACCCAGCCUCUAGCCAUGGAGCACUCUUUGGCUGUAACGCAAGAUGUUGCUCGGUACAACAGUGCCGAUGAUGAUGAUUACUCUCAGGUAACCACAUUUUAUCUGAAAGUGCUGAAUGCAGAUGAGCGCCGAAGACUUUGUGAGAACAUAGCAGCCCAUCUCAAGGAUGCUCAGGUUUUCAUUCAGAACAGAAUGGUGUGUCUGUUAGGCAAAGUUCAUCCUGACUAUGCUGCUCAGGUUCGCACAUUGCUGGAGCAGUACAAUUCUAAAUGUCCUCAGAAGCCCGUGGUCAGAACCUACAGUCGUCAUGCUUCUGCUGAGAGGUCAAACCUGUGAAGGUUUAAUGUGAAGCUUUGUGUCACAGCUACAAUCAAACUUGCCAGAACCAUUUAUGCUUCAAUCAUUAGUUAAGAUUGUAUAAUUGAUAAUGAUCCCUAAAUUUCAGAUCUUGUAACUGAAGAAUUUUCUUAUUGCAUAUUUUGUUCAAAAGCUAAAAUGUAUUGUCUGAUUUAAUGCUUUCAUUUAAAACCAAUGCUACCAAGUUUCUCUCUCUCUCUCCCUUCUCCCACCUUUCCUCACCGACUUUACAUGUGCAAAUUCCAUCCACUAUUUCUUUUGAGGUUUAAAAUUUGUGAUCUUGAAGAUGAGCCUUUUUUAAUACUGUGCACCUCUCGCAGUGUUUGCUGGAUCUGCAGCAUGGUAUUUGUUUGGCUGAGAAUUCACAUUGGGCUUUUCUACCCCCACUGCUUGCUUUUAACAGCACUCUUACAGAUUGUUCUCCCUGUACCUAACUAUAUGCCAUUUAACAUUUAGUCUUGUUACAUAGGUUAAGGCUUCUGCUAAGUAUAAUUUUGAAUAUCCGGUGCAUCAGCUUCUAUCCUUUGUUCUUGCAAUGAAGUGUCCAGGCUAAUAAUUUAGCUAAAAAUGUGAAUGCUGCAUUGAACAAUGAAAAUUUUAAUUUUUGUUAAUCUGGGAGGUGAUGCACAAACUCAUAUUAUUAAUACAACUUACAAAUGUUAUAAAUAUACACUUGCACAAAUGUCAACAGUGGCUCAAUUGAGAGCACUUUUAUCUCUGAAUGUGAAGGUGAUUGGUUUAAAAUGGAUAGGAGCAACUUGAGCACAGAAAUCUGUGUAAUAUUGACAAAUCACUGCAAAGUUGAACCUGUCACCUUUUGGAUAUGACAUUAAGCCAAAAGGUCGGUCUGUCCUUUUAGGUCCAAAUUAAAUAUUCUGUGUAAGUAUUUUGAAGACGAACUGGUCUUACCUGCAUCGGUACAACAACAACUGAAUGUCUGGUCAUUAUCACAUUGCUGUUUAGAGGAGUAUGUUGGCUGCCAUGUUGCCUAAAUCACAACAGAGUUGACACUUAAACAGUUCGCCGUUUGGGGGUGACCUGAGGUUGUGAAAGGCACUUCAGAAAUGCAGGUUUGUUUGCUCAUCUUUUUACAGGGAAUCUUUCAUUUGGAGUUUGUUCAAGGUCUAGUUUUACUGCCUUUUUUGUUUUGAGCUGGUGUCAGAUGCACCAUCCUGUGAGUUGUCCUCAUUUGAUUUUAUUUCUUUGUGUUAAAUUAUUAUCUGUUCUGAGCUGUUAUAAGUUUGAUUUCUUACUCAAGUGCUUAUCCCUCCUGAGUUUGUAUUUUUGUAGCCAGUUCCUUUUGGUUCUGAUUUUCCCUUCUCCAAGGCCUUGUAUGGUGGCAUCUUUUUGCUUUUUUCCCUCUAUGUUGCCCAAUGAUGAAAUAAAAGGUUUGCCCCAACAGUGACUGGACAGCCA